AUGAAGCCAUCGCCAGUUCUCCUCCUCCUCUUCCUCCUCGUCGUCUCCUCCUCCUCCGCCCCCGUCCUCGACACCGACGGAAACCCCCUCCGCAGCGGCGAAGGCGAAACCUACUACGUCAACCCGGCCAUCACCGACGUCGCCGGCCCCCUGACGCUCGCGUCCCGCCGGGCCACGGACUGCCCCCUCCGCGUGGCGCAGGCCCGCAUCCGCACCUCCGACACCGGCCUGCCGGUGAGAUUCACGCCGGUCGACGGAGGGAACGGAACCAUAGAGUUGGAGGAGGACGUGACGGUCGUCUUCGACGCGAUCACUCUCUGCCUCCAGUCGCUGUUAUGGGAGAUAGAGAUCGGAGCCGACGACCGCAGGUACUACGUCUCGACCGGCGGUCAACAGACGAACCCCACCGAAUCGAACCUGUUCAGCAUCAGGAGGAGCCAGAUUUCCGGGUCGGUUUAUGAACUGUUUUUCCGUGGAGUCGGCCGGGUGCCGAGUGGACCGCUGGGGAUCUUCGUGGAGGAGGGCCGGCGCUGGCUCGGAAUCAGGAACGAUAGACCUUUUCCAUUCGAGUUCCAAAAAGUCAACGCUUAG